GCCUCUGAUCGAGCAUAUACGGUAUUUAUAAAAACGACCCUGAGUCUAAGUCUGUGGACUGCCCUGCUCUGACAGCUUGGUUACCCUUGCCUGAUGUCUCCACAACACAUCACCUUAAGAAUAGGACAUAAAUUAUCAACUGCAUGAAAUUCUAAAGAAGAUCAUGCACUGCUGCCCUAAAUAAGACACUCUGAGAAAAGGCCAUAAACGAGAAGCCAAACUGACGGACAAUGGAGAACCUUGUGAACUUGUGCCUGGGGCCAUUUGUGUCGAGUGUGGAAUGCUCUUCCGUGUCUGUGGAUGGACACUCAGCUGCUAACCUGACAUCAAUGGACCCCAAUGCCCACAGUAGGGGGUUUAGAGUUGAACAUUUCAUUCGCCCCCCAGUGUCCAUUCUAAUUGACUUCAAUUGGCCUGUUCAUAUUGCUAGCAUCCUGAUUAAGCCCGGCCUCGAGGCUGAUGCAGAGAUGCGAGUAGCGGUGGAUGGGUGCCACUUAUCAGAUAUUGACUCUUAUCAGUACAACUUGCAUUAUGGUCUCAUUGCCAAGGGAACUCAUGUGCUUCUACACCUCAAGAAUAAGUCUUUUGACAGGAAAUGGGACAAGAAGAUUGAGGUUUCAAGAGAUGUGGUUGCCUUGGUAAAAGGGAGCCAUGUAAGUGAAAUCGAACAGUUCAAGGUCUCAGAGCAGCCUUUGAAGCACAUCAACAUUGCAUCCAAAUUAAAGCAGCUUCGGUUCACUGUCACUAGGUUGUCAGGGGUCAAGCCGCUGGUUCUUAACUGGAUUGAGGUGUGGGGAACAUUAAGUGGAAGUUGCAAUUAUGCACUAGACUUAGACGAAUUUAAGACAGCUGUAGAAAGCCUUGAGUUGCGUACCCGCUCUAUUCAACCCAGAAUCAGUCUGUACUCUCACCACAACCUCCGCCCACUCAACCAGACUGAAUGUGCAGGAUCUACUAGUCGUGUUGAGACUAGAGACGGGAGCAUACACAACUGCAGUGGGUACAGUACACUCAGAUCACGUUCCAGUGGCACACACUUAAUACCUAAUUCCUUGAAUAUUGGGUCCACGAAGCCUGCCUGCAAUGAUGCACCUGCUGGGGUUUGCAGUAGUUCCGGGCUGAAACGGGAAGUUUCUCUCCCUGAAGCAAGUUACCACCACCCCAACACAAAGAGGCAAAGAAUGGAGGAAGAUGGGAUUACUGUGGAUUCAACCACCCCAUCAAGCCAUACGAUCAGACAACAAACUCUUGAAAUGAAUGUGACUAUCGUAAACAAUACCAAUUCUAUCCAAUUACCUGGAAAUCACUCCGGAAAUUCCAACUCGUUUGCGAAUAUUCCCCUCAAGCUCCUUGAUUCGCUCACGUACGAGGUGAUGCUGAUACCAAUGUCUCUGCCCUCGGGGCAUUUUGUGGAUCGAAGCACUGUCGAUAAACUAGCAAAUAACGAUGCAAUAUACGGACGUGCACCAACUGAUCCGUUUACUGUUGCUCUGGUUGCCCUGAGUGUUAUGAUUAUUGGUGUUGCUUUUACCGAGUAUAGUAAACCACAGUUUUGCCCGGAAUUGAAGCUUGAGAUUGAUGAGUUCUUAACUGCAAGUAGUGGGCCUGAGAGCAGUGGGCUGCAUUCGGACUGCACCCUACCCCCCGCAGUACCACCAAGCAGAACUGUGGGAGCUGCUGGGGACAUUUCAAGACACCUAACAAGAAAGGAAAUAAUUUCCUGCAGACCAAAUGAAAGAGCUCAUCCUGUGUCAGAGGUCAUGGCUUCCUCUGAUUGUCCGACGGUUUCUCCGGGAGGUCCCCGUCAACAAAGCAGCUCCUCUGACCAGAGAGGAUGUGAGGACUAUUCUCAUGGGGGAAAGAGAAACAGGGGUGUAGAGAAAGAUGGAUCAUUCGAGACUGAAAUAAGUGGUAGUUUAGAUGAAGCACUUGAGAAGCUUUUUAACAACUGAUGAUGUGUAUUUUUUGAUCAUAAUUUUUAAUGUCUGCUAUUAAUUUGGCAUGCUCUUA